UGCCCGGGCCGCCGUGCCGGUGGAUGUCAAAGGCUGAGGCGGCGGCGGCGCCUCAGUAUAACUCGUGGGGGCUGCGCGGCGGCCAUGGCCACAGCCGCCUCCAACCCCUACGGCCUGCUCGGCUCCGGCUCGCUCGCCCAUGCGGACGGCGCGGGCAUGCAGCAGGGGAGCCCGUUCCGCAACCCGCAGAAACUGCUGCAGAGCGAGUACCUGCAGGGCGUCCCCGGCAAUGGGCACCCGCUGGGCCACCACUGGGUGACGAGCCUGAGCGACGCCGCGCCCUGGCCCUCGGCGCUGGCGGGCGGCCCGCUGGAGCAGCCCGACGUGAAGCCGGGCCGCGAGGACCUGCAGCUGGGCGCGCUGCUGCACCACCGCUCGCCCCACGUCUCGCACCACUCGCCCCACGCCAACCACCCCGGCGCCUGGGGGGCCAGCCCGGCGCACGGCGGCUCGCUGGGCCCCGCCGGGCAGCCCCCCCCGCUCGGCGUGUACCCGCAGGCCGGCUUCGCGGUGGGCGGCGUGCUGGAGCACGGGGGGCUGACGCCGCCGCCCGCCGCCGCCGCGCAGCAGCCGCCGCCGCCGCAGGGGCUGCACCCCGGGGAGCACGGCGAGCUGGGCGGCCACCACUGCCAGGACCACUCGGACGAGGAGACGCCGACCUCGGACGAGCUGGAGCAGUUCGCCAAGCAGUUCAAGCAGCGCCGCAUCAAGCUGGGCUUCACCCAGGCCGACGUGGGCUUGGCGCUGGGGACGCUCUACGGCAACGUCUUCUCGCAGACCACCAUCUGCCGCUUCGAGGCCCUGCAGCUCAGCUUCAAGAACAUGUGCAAGCUGAAGCCGCUGCUGAACAAGUGGCUGGAGGAGGCCGACUCCUCCACCGGCAGCCCCACCAGCAUCGACAAGAUCGCGGCGCAGGGCAGGAAGAGGAAGAAGCGCACCUCCAUCGAGGUGAGUGUCAAAGGCGUGCUGGAGACGCACUUCCUCAAGUGCCCCAAGCCGGCCGCGCAGGAGAUCUCCUCGCUGGCGGACAGCCUGCAGCUGGAGAAGGAGGUGGUGCGGGUCUGGUUCUGCAACCGGCGGCAGAAGGAGAAGCGCAUGACGCCGCCGGGCGAGCAGCAGCAGCACGAGGUGUACGCGCACGGCGUCAAAACGGACUCGGCCUGCCACGACCUCUGACCGGGGCUGCCGGCGGCUCGGACCUGCCCGCGGGGCGCGGCGCGGCGGGGGCCCGGGCCGGGCAUGGAAGUGGAGAAGAUGGACGAGAACGAAUGGAGGUACCACGGGGAAGGCAACCAGAGCCUCGUCGUCUCCCACUGCCAGGUGAGGCGGGUAACGGCCGGCGCCGCGCGGGCGCCCCUCCCCCCGCCGGGCCCCGCGUGA